UAACCAAACAAACGUCAUAAACGUCAACCAACUGGUCCAAUUUAAUUCGAUCGAAUUAUAACGUUUUCGCCCUAAAACAAGUAAAAUAAUAUGGCAGGGGCAAAAUUACAAGACGAUAACAUUCCUUUAGCUGACGAUGAUCCCCAAGUUAUUAUUCCUGAUGAGCAAGAUGCGAAUUCAGUUUCUGAGGCGAACUCUUCAAGUAUGAUCCACGGCCGUAGCAUGGAAUCGAUUCAAUCCACAUUUACUAACGGGAGUAGCAGCCCACAACAUCAUAGCUUGGAGGCUGAUUCCAGCCCGGACGAACAAGAGGAAAAAGCAAGGUUAAUUUCCCAAGUUCUCGAGCUCCAAAACACUCUCGAUGAUUUAUCUCAACGCGUUGAUAGUGUCAAAGAGGAAAACUUAAAAUUGAGAUCUGAAAAUCAAGUUUUAGGGCAGUAUAUUGAAAAUUUAAUGUCUGCCUCGAGCGUAUUUCAAUCUACUUCUCCUAAAAUUAAAAAAAAGUAAAGAAAAUUAAGCAUGUUGGAUUAUUUAUCUAGUCACUAAGCUUGAAUGUUGCUUGUAUAAAUAAUACACUUGUAUUGUGUUAUUUUCUACUUAAAAUAAUUAAUGCACUGCACUUAAAAUCAAAUCAAAUUUCAUUAGCAAUAGGUUUUUUUGAUAAAUUAUGUUAUUUAUGUAUCUAAUUAAGGAGAAAGAAUAAAGGAACAUUAAUAAAA